ACCCCCAGGCUAUUCAGCAGUGUUGAUGCCUGCUUCAGUCCCCAGGGUGGUGUGGAAGGGGUUUCUAGGACAGGAGAAAGAGGGGUUUCUAAAUCAAGUUCCAAGUCCCUACCUACAGCCAUGCUUUUUUCCACAUUGAUACACUAAUAAGUCUCCUCAGUUUUUCUUGCUCAGGGAUUUUAUCUACUCUUUAUGGCUGCCACAAAAACUGCCAACUGUGCCGAACAUUUCAGUGUGGAGAAACUAAAGGAAUGGCCAGACCCGGAGUCUGUUUCUUUAAUGGAGGUACUAGCUAGAGAAGACAUCGACGAGGCUGUACAUGCAUUAUUAUUUAGAGAAAACUAUAUUGUGAAGAGACUGGAUACGUAUUUUCAGCAUCUAGAUGCUUCUAAGGAAAGAAGAAAAGAGAUGUUACAUAAAAAAUGGGUUGAAAAUGUGGUACAGCCUCUUCAGCAGAGAAUUAUAGAAAAAGUAAUUUCAUAUAGAAGACCUGGAAAAAGUCAAGUGAAAUAUGAAUACUGCUUAAAGCACGCAAAGAGACCGACUGAAGCCUCUCCGUUGUGCGAAUGCCUGUUUCAAAGACAGCAAGAGCUCAGAGAAAUGAAAGGAACCAGUUACCAAUAUGGCACAGGAAAACAGAAUGACACAAAAAAAGAAGCCAAAGAAGCUAAGAGGGUCCCCCUAUUCACCAGAUCACCCCAGCUCAUGCUCACUUCCCAUGGCAUCGUUCCCAAGGAGAGGCAGAGAGCCCCCGCCCGCACCGCGUGGAAUAAGCCUGGUGGUGCAUGCAGUUCUAUAAUGCUCGUCAGUACAUCAAAGCUACAUCUGCCUCAGGAAGAGAAGACCGUCAACCUAAGCCAGCUUGCUUUUGAAAGGCAGUUCCGGUCCUCAAAGCUCAACCAGGAGAACAGAGAGGCUGAAAAGAAGGGUCUAGUUUCAGGGACCCAACCACAGAGAGCACGGUCCUGGGCAGCAGCAGACAGCCGGCAUGCGCAGGGGCCCCCACCUGUGGCAAGAAGAGUGAUGACAGCAGAAUUCCUGGGGAAGCACCUGGCGUCCCUGCAGGGCGCAGCCAGGUCAGGCCUCCAGUGGUCAUAGAGCUUUGCCACCUUCGCAUCGCACAUAUGACUGACACGUACAAUACUGAGAACGAUGCUUUUCCCUAGGUAGGAAGCUACUGCAAGAAA